AUGUCAAUGACAAAAAAAGGCAAAGCAAAAACGUUUGAGCCUGCCCACAAGCCAAGUCGCUGGAACCAACGAAGCAUUACAUUUAUACCUGAAAUAUUUGGGCUCCGGAAGUUUCCUUGCGCACAAACAGUAUAUUGCUCGCUUCGCUGCUCCUGCUUCCACCCGAAUGAAAGUCUUAAUUUCCCUCAAAUAGAUGUACUUGGGGCGUUAAACCUUGAUGAGCUUUCUGAGGCUUAUUCUACUGGGCUGGGCAAGAUCUGUGGACACAUGUGGGGCUGCUCAACCCCUUUUUCUCCGCGUGUGCUUUGCCCAACCCCACGCCUCCUUGGUUCAAAAGAUAGAUUGAUAGUUUAUACCAAUGAUGCUACCUCCUGUAGUUUCUUGAGAAUAAGCCAAGGAUUGGUAAUUGGUAAUCAAAAAGGCCUACUUAUCGAAGUACAUGUAGUCAAUCAAACGCAUCGACCUACUUUACCAUAA